AUGUCACAAUCUAUCGUCAUCAUUGGGGCUGGCUUUGCUGGUGUUUGGAGCGCUCUCUCAGCUAAGCGCCUCAUCAACCUCAACAACAGAGCCAAUGAAUUCAAAAUCCUUGUCAUAGCUCCGGAACCGUCGCUGGUCAUGCGCCCACGAUUAUACGAAGCCAACGCAGCAAACAUGAGCCACUCUCUGACAACUCUGUUUGAAUCUGCUGGAAUCGAUUUUCUCCAGGGCAAAGCCGAAAAUAUUGACACCGAUGAACAGACCGUUCGCGUUCGAACUGUUGCCGGCACUGAGACUACCGUUUCUUAUGAUCGACUCAUCCUAGCAGCUGGGAGCUUUGUCAACCGGCCUCGUACCGUUGAUGGACUCGAUGAAUAUGCGUUCGAUAUAGACACCCUAGACUCAGCCACUAAGCUUGAAAAGCACCUCGAAAAUCUCGCAUCUCUACCUCAAACCCCAGCCCGCGACACGGUUGUUAUCUGUGGUGCUGGCUUUACGGGUAUCGAGCUUGCAGCUGAGCUGCCCAAGCGCCUCCAACAUAUCACCAACCCGCGCAUCGUUCUAGUAGAAAGCGAGGCCCAGCUCGGACCAGAGCUUGGUCCUGGACCUCGUCCCACGAUCAUUAAGGCUCUUCGUCACCUCAAUGUGGAAGCAAAGCUUGGGUCUGCAGUCUCUAAAGUUGACGCUCAUGGUGUGACUCUUGUAUCUGGAGAACGCAUCGAAGCAAAGACAACUGUUUGGACUGCCGGAAUGCGAGCAACACCCCUAGCACAGCAAAUCCCGGGAGCCAGAGACGCCCUUGGUCGCCUUCAUGUGGAUCGAUUUCUCCAAACCGAGACAACUAAGAACGUCUUUGCGACGGGCGAUGCAGCCUAUGCCCUUGCUGAUAACGAAGGCCAUCACGUAUUGAUGUCUUGUCAGCAUGCGCUUCAGCUUGGGCGCGUGUCUGGCCAUAAUGCUGCCGCUGCACUUCUUGGUCAGACGAUGACAGAGUAUUCACAGCCUGCCUACGAGUGCUGCCUUGAUCUUGGGUCUUGGGGAGCAGUAAUUGGCCGAGGGUGGGAGAGAGAGGUUAAGUUUUCCGGGGCUCCAGCAAAGCGGGUGAAGGGGUAUAUCAACGGAACAUUGAUCUAUCCUCCCAACAAUGCCGAUGAGGCCAUUGAGAAGGCAAACCCUGUCGGCCCUGGUUCGGAUGAACUUCUCAAACGUGUUCUCGAGGUGGUCGCAUAG